AUGGGCGCAACACACAAGGAAGAAAGCCACAUCAUCGCCGAUGCCGAAGCCAUGCGCGUCGCAUCGUGGGAUGAAGUCAUGCACAAGGGCCCCAAGGCGAACCUCGCCCGGCGCAUCAUCGAUGGCUUCAAGAGGGAUCCAAAAGCCUUCAUCUCGCAGCCUUUGAACGACAAGACUGGGUUCGAUGCCGAAGGCGCUGCAGCCGCGACGGCGGCGUCGCCGCUGAAACGAAAGCUAAAGUCGAGACACUUGCAGAUGAUUGCUAUCGGAGGUUCGAUCGGAACCGGUCUCUUCGUCGGCUCUGGGAAGUCAUUGGCAACCGGAGGCCCGGCUUCCGUUGUCAUUGCGUUUUGCUUAAUCGGUAUCAUGUUAUACGCCACUAUCCACGCACUGGGUGAACUAGCCGUCAUGUACCCCGUUGCCGGAGCGUUUGCGCACUAUUCAACACGUUUUUUGGAUCCUGCGUGGGGUUUCGCCAUGGGCUGGAAUUAUGCAAUCUUAUGGCUGACUCUCCUCCCGCUCGAGAUUGUCGCUGCUGCCAUUACCGUCGGGUACUGGGAAGCUGAUGUAUCCCCGGCCGCCUGGGUUUCCAUGUUUUACGUCUUGAUUGUCGUGAUCAAUCUGUUCGGCGUUCUUGGAUACGGUGAGGCGGAAUUUGUGUUUUCGAUUAUCAAAGUCAUCGCCGUCAUUGGGUUCAUCAUCCUAGGUAUUGUGCUGAACUGCGGCGGCGGUCCAAACGGCGAUUACAUAGGCGGGAAAUUCUGGCAUGACCCAGGCGCUUUCAAUAAUGGAUUCAAAGGCCUUUGCAGUGUGUUUGUCACCGCCGCGUUCACCUUUGGUGGAGGAGAGCUCGUGGGACUGGCUGCUGCAGAAACCGCAAAUCCACGAAAGUCCAUCCCAACCGCAGUCAAGCAAGUCUUUUGGCGCAUUGUCCUAUUCUACAUUGUGUCUAUGAUCAUAGUCGGCUUGCUCGUACCGUACACUGACCCACAACUGCUGAAUGGCUCCUCCACUGAUGUCAAGGCUUCUCCGUUCGUUAUCGCGAUCCAGAGAGCUGGCAUUACGGGUCUUGAUUCGGUGAUGAAUGCUGUGAUCAUGAUCUCUGUCUUGUCCGUUGGCAAUGCUGCCAUCUACGGUUCAUCGCGUACCUUGACUGCUCUCGCAGAGCAGCAUCAAGCUCCUGCGUUCUUGGCCUACAUCGAUCGAAAGGGUCGCCCGCUGAUGUCCAUCAUCGUGGCAUCCCUCCUUGGCCUUCUCGGGUUCCUUGCCGCGACCCCAAAGCAGCAGGAUGCCUUUAUGUGGAUGUUGGCAAUCUCGGGCCUUUCGUCUGUCUUCACUUGGGCGUCUAUCUGCCUUGCCCACAUCCGAUUCCGACGCGGCUGGAAGCUCCAAGGCCGCACUCUCGAUGAACUCCCUUUCAGGGCCCAGGGUGGCGUCUUCACCUCCUGGAUUGGAUUCGCGAUCAAUAUCAUCGUUCUCGUUGCCCAGUUCUGGACCGCCCUGGCUCCCAUCGGCUAUGGAAAAAUGUCUAGCUCGGAGAGAGUCAAGUACUGGUUCUCAACAUAUCUCGCAGCACCAAUUGUGCUGACAUUCUACAUCUACUACAAACUCCGGUAUCGCACCUCCAUUGUUCGCGCCAAAGACAUGGACCUUGACACCGGGCGACGUGAUUUGAAUCUGCAGCACCUGAUUGCGGAAGAGAAGGCGGAAUAUGAGAGCUGGCCACGGUGGAAGAAGGUGUACAAGGCGUUCUGUUGA